UGGGAGUCACGCGUGACAAGUUCUUGCAGUCCGUAAGGUUGUAGUGCAAGUUAGCAAGGAAAGCCGCAUUACAAAUCGAUCUGCUGACCCUGUUUACAGCAUUACAAGUUCUCAAACACGACUGAAAAUGCCUGUCAUGGGGUUGCGCAUCACAAAUAUUCCGGUCAUGGCAAAUCUGCCAAUGUCUUGCAUGCGUAGCAAGACAAACGCGUUUUUGUUCCAUUUUAUGCAUCACAAGUUUACAGUGAAGCAGUUUUUUCUUUCGAUAGUUGAGGCAAUUUCGGGAACGGAUGCGCGAAAUGCCAGCGGGACAGAAGUUUUUGUACGGUAUAAGAAGGAUCUUGUUUCAUGUUGUCAUCCUGUUUCACCUCCGAUGAGGCAGUUUCUUUGUUUGGCAUGCAUAGUCCUUAUAAUCAUCACCACCUCCAGCAAAAAAACAGGACAAACAAACACAAAUUGUCACAGGCACCCACUACUCCACGCCCGCUUACGUUCUGUACUUCCUUGUCAGGGAACUGCCAGAGUGCAUGCUCAGGCUCCUUUGACUCCUGGAACCGGCUAUUUCACUCCAUGGAAACCACUUACCGCGCGACGCAAGACGGCUCCGCGGUUUUGAUGGAAUUGCUACCGGAGUUUUUUGUUCUACCAACGAGCAAUAAAGACGCCCAAACAACUUUUCUCGAAAACUACCUCAACAUAUCCACGCAAGAGGUAUGGAUUGCAAAUAUGUCUGGGUCGUCUGGAAGAGUACAAACUUGCGAUGCGCAUUUCAGAACACAGAAAAAUCUCUCAUGCAUAGAUAGGUAGCAAAAGCUGCCCACUUUUUGUCACCAAAAUGGGGGAUUUGUCAUGCGGAUUCGGCAUUGCGGCAGCUUCUCGAAACCUGUGAUGCUAGAGCUGCCAUGCCAGACCUUGCGCGUCAUGCAAAAACAGCAUGACUCUUCCAGACCCAGACGACAUUUGCAGUUGAUGAAGCGGGGACUUGCGUAACGUUUCCCUACCCCCCUGGAGCAACGGAAAAUAUGACCCGCUCAAACGUUACAAUCUCAAACGUUACAAUAGAAUCUGGGUUUUGUAUUGCAUGAUGAGCAUGACAGACUCGGACAGCAUUCCACU